AUGCUGACGCUGGAUGGAAAAAUUGCGCUCAUCACAGGGCUGGGGCAAACCUCCGAAGAAGGAUGGGGCAUUGGGGCAGCAAUUGCAACGCGACUUGCUCAGCAGGGAGCGGUGAUACUAGGCGGCAAUCGCACAUUGGCUUCAGCUGAAAGAACUAAAGCUCGGAUUGAACGCGAAGGAGGCGUCUGUGACGUCCAGGAAACGGAUGUUACCGAUUCGGCAUCGGUAAAGGCUUUGGUGGAUAGCUGUAUGAAACGACACGGUCGCAUUGAUAUCCUGAUCAACAAUGUGGGCAAGUCGGAACCGGGAUGUCCUGCUGAGAUGGGCGAGGAAAUCUGGGAUCAACAAGUUGACCUGAAUUUGAAAAGCAUAUUUCUGACCUGCCACUAUGUCCUACCCAUCAUGGCGAAACAAGAGACGGGCGGCUCGGUUGUGAACGUGUCUAGCAUUGCGGGACUACGGUAUAUUGGCAAACCCCAAGUCGCCUACUCUACCACAAAGGCCGCGAUAAUGCAAUUUACCAAGGCUACGGCCGUUAUCUAUGCGCCUAAGAAUGUCCGACUGAACACGGUGGUCCCCGGAUUGAUCUACACACCAUACACCCGCACCCUCGCCAAACGUUACGCACCAGGUGGCAAUGAAGAGGAGUAUAUGAAAAUGCGCGAUGGGCAGGUGCCUAUGGGAAGGAUGGGUGACGCCUGGGAUGUGGCCAACGCGGCGGUAUUUCUUGCCUCUGAUGAGGCACGGUAUAUAACCGGACAGAAGCUCGUGGUGGAUGGUGGAAUCACAUCAUCUACCGGGCGAACAUGAAUCCUAGGAGGCUUCUAGUGGUAUUGAAUUUGAGGGGAGUGGGAUUGCCU